GACAGAGGGUGGCCAAGCAAUCUGCUCGUGCGCAGAGCCGCUCAUAAUUCAACCGCUCCCAUUUUCCAGCUCGCUCCGCGCCUCUCAUCUUGAUCCGAGCCCCCGGUCUUGUCUUUUUCGCUGACUCAGUGCCUUAAAACAACAUUUUCGCCCCUCUGACCAUAGCUGCAACACCCACUGCUACGACACAGACAGCCAUGGCCAAAACUGCAAUUGCAUACAAAGAGAAGAUGAAGGAGCUGUCUGUUUUCUCCCUCAUCUGCUCCUGCUUCUAUCCAGAGGCACGUAACAAGCUUGUCGUCUGUGAGUUUGAAGACAUGGAGGUGAAGCCAAUCAACAAGCGGGCGUCGGGCCAGGCCUUCGAGGUGAUUCUGAAGCCCUCCUCCCCGGUGUCAGACGCGACCCAUAGCAUCACUUCGCCCCCCAAGAGGGAGGUGUCCCUAGAGGACAUCCAGAAGAAACUGGAGGCAGCUGAGGACCGGAGGAGGUCCCAGGAGGCCCAGGUGCUGAGGGCCCUGGCAGAGAGGAGGGAGCACGAGAGGGACGUGCUGCUCAAGGCCAUGGAAGAGAACAGCAACUUCAGCAAGAUGGCCGAGGAGAAGCUCACCAUGAAGAUGGAGCAGAUCAAGGAGAACCGGGAGGCCCACCUGGCAGCCAUGAUGGAACGCCUGCAGGAGAAGGAAAGACAUGCAGCCGUGGUGCGCAGGAACAAAGAGCUGAGGGAAGAGCUGACAGCGUGAGCCCCACCUCUCCCCAACGUCCACCAACCACAUCCCUCCAUCCAGCCCUGCCCCUGGACACUCCACAGCAGACACCAAGCCCUGGAGACCUGGAGGGUGGAGGACCUCAAUACCAACACACUACACCACCCACCCAACCCCUCCAUACACACACACACACAUACACACACACACACACAAACUCUUUCACACACACACACACACACUCUAUCAGUAUUAACAGUAUUUUUCAUUGGAUAAUUUUAAAAAAAAAAUUCUAAGGGGAAAAAAUCAACAACAUGAAAACAUGGGUAUUAUUUUGUAAAUAUUUCAUUUUUUUAUCUAUCUUGAUGGCUAGGCUGAUUGAACGCAAAUAAGUGUAUCAAAUGUACUGCGUUGUACAAUUUCAAUUGUUUUGUUUGUUAUCUAAUUAUUUAUUGGUUCUUGAAAUUUGAAUCUACAACUAUUUUCUUGUGAAAGGCUUUGGUGUUGUGAGUUGGUUGUUAGCUGACGUUUGCAUUGUUUUCUGAUGAUGUCAGUUUCUGUGUCUUUGUGAAGAAUGCUAACAGGUAGUAUACACAGACUCCUGACAGGCAUCCCACACACACACACACACACACACACACACACGUACACACAAUUACACACACGCUAUGAAUUCACAUUAACAAUCUGCCAAACUCUCGGCUUAAAAUGUCCACAUGUCCUCAAAUGAGCUUGAGGUAGCUGGAACUAGAGAGGUGCUUGGUCAUCUUUAACCAUGUGUGUGUCCAGAGGAAUCAACUGUUUAUCACUUCCUCCAGACUGACCCCUGACUAUAUAUGGCUGCCUAUUCCCUAUAAAGUGCACUACUGUUGACCAGAGUAGUGCAGUAAAUAGGGUAUAGUGUUCCUUUUGGGAUGCAGCCCCGGGUGAUUUACUUUAGCUUACUCUAGUCUAUUUCCACUGGAUCUGGACACUUGAAUGUUAUGAUUACAUCAUACCGCCACCGUACAUGACAUCUUGGCCAGUAAAAUGUUCUAAAGCCCCCCUUUUCCUUUAGCUUGAUAGACUAACACAGACGCACAUGUUCACUCUAAGUCUACGUAUGUGUGUGUGUGUGUGUGUGUUUCAAGUGAGGUGUCAUAUCAUCAGCAUCCUCUCUCUGGUAGUUCCAUAGAUAGAGAAUGGAUGCUCCACAUUCAGCACACUAAAAUGACUCUUUUUAGAUAUGUCACAACGAUCUGCCUGCAUCCUCUACAAGCUGACUACUACAGUACAAGUGUUCUCCCUCCAUAUGUCUCAAGCUUCGCUGAAUAAAGCUUUUGGGUUCUGUCAACAUGGCAUGCGCCAUCUCAUUAUUUUCUGUGCUAAAGACAAGGAAACAUGUAAACUGCCAAAUAAAAGAACCAAUGACCUAAA